UCAUUUAUGUACACAUAUUAGUUAUAAGACAGCUUAUACUACCUUUCUCGUGUUAAACUCAAAAGAAAAAAACCCCAACCAUGCACAAAGAAAGAUAAUUACAGAAAAAAAUUAUUGAGCUUUGAUAUCUCCAUGGAUUUAUCAAGAAUGGAAUUUAUUGGUCUUUGAUUUUCAGUUAGGAAUCAAAGGUCAACCUACAUGAAGAGAAGCUACCCUCCUACAUGAAGCAACUUGAGUCUCUCCUCUCGAUCCUCUUUGCAGUCCAAUUUGAACACAACCUGAAGCAAUAAGAAGAAUUUUGAAGGUGAGUUUCUGCAUUCGUUUCUGAAAGAUGGGCAGGUUUUUACUUGAGACGCAAGCAAGCUCGACAAUUUCAGCUACUGAUGCAAACCCUAGAACUUUGGGAGGCUCUAACAGCAACACCAAAGAUAUGGAUACCUUGGAUACAAACAUGGUGAUUAUCUUAGCGGCUCUUCUAUGCGCCUUGAUCUGUGCCCUUGGUCUCAAUUCAGUCUUGCGAUGUGUCUUGCGCUGCACAAGGAGAUCCACGCCUAACGAAGAUCCAACUCACUCCAACCCAAACGCAAACGUACCAAAGGGGAUCAAGAAACGGGAUUUGAAGCGGAUCCCCGUUGAUUCAUACAGCUCGGAGCUUAAGACAAAAGCCACAGAGUGUUUGAUCUGCUUAGGAGAGUUUGUGGACGGAGAAAAGGUUAGGGUUUUGCCUAAAUGUAACCAUGGCUUCCACGUGAAGUGCAUCGACACUUGGUUGCGGUCGCAUUCCUCUUGUCCUACUUGUAGACAACCACUCAUUCUACAUCGAACUCUGGCCGAUGGUUUCCUUCGGGAUGAUGACGGGACGGUCGCAGCGUAACACAGCGUCACUAGGAUAAUAUGGUGAUUGGUAAUGAGCCUGAUACGGCAUGCUUGCUUCGGAGUUUUUUUUUUGUAACUUUGCUUAAAUGGGGUUUGCUCAUUUAAUUUGGUCAUUGGUUGUUUGGUACAUAGUAAUAUUGUGUUUUUGUGAAUUAACGUACUCACUUACAAAUUAAGGGAGUUUCAUCCACAGUUAUUGCUCUGUAAUCUGUAAUCUAUAAUCUGUUUUCCGGGUUGGGUUUGUUUCUUUGUUGUGGGGAAUGUAAAACCAAAACUACAACAGGUUAUGAUCGAUUCGGUUCGGUCAGCCUUUAGUUCGGACAAAGUUCGAUUUUGAAUGAAAUAAAUGUAAAUAUGUUGA